UUUUACCCUCUAUCUCUAUGUGUGUCUCUAACGUUUCGCGCGUUUUAGAAGAAUGAAAUUCUCUACGAGUGGAAACGUCUGUAAGUCUCAUGGAAGUAAUUUUUGUUAUCAGAAACCUUGAUCUAAUCGCACUUCGCACAAUUAUGACGCUGCAAUGGGAGACUAACCUAAAGAGGACGUUCUUGAUGUAAGGUAGUUCUGUCCAAGUAUUACUGUCUCAGAUUGCCCACAAAAUCUCAUUAAACGAUGAGCGAUGCGUAUCAAGGGCCUGCUAUUGUUGCUUAUCUGCAUAGCAGGAAGCAGCAUCAUUUUCAUCGCUUUCAGCAACCAACGACCUUCCAUUCAGACUCUAGUAACGGAGACUCACAAACAAUUGCGGAGCUUCCAGGAAAAUUUAAAAGAUGUUGAGGAGAAACGUCUAGUGACAGACUCCAAAUACCUUGCAUUGCUUGGUCUGGAUGGACAGACAACUACCACGCCGAUUAGUCCCAAACCUCAUAAUGUAACGGUUGUGUCGCUCGUAAGGCCUGGAAACGAGCAAUAUAUUCAUGGCUUUGUUAGAAACGUCAGCCAUUUUUUGCCAAAUAAUAGUAUUGUGAUUUAUAGUGUCGGUUUAAAUGAAGAUUCCUUACAAAGUAUUAGACUCACCUGUAACUCUACAAGAUGUAAUGUGACUCACUUUGAUCUAAAUCCAUUUCCUGCUCACGUCGAAGACGAUACGCUGCAUGUUUAUAGACCUUUAGUUAUUCAAACAGCUUUAAAUACGCUAGGUAGCAUAAUCUAUAUGGACUCUAAUGUACGUCUGAACUCUUCAGACAUUGCAAAAUAUCUUUGUCCAAAGUCUGGAAUCUUAACUUGGCCUACAAGGCACACAGGGGAGUUCAAUAAAAAACCACAGUAUCGAUACUCUGGUUGUCAUGCAUAUGACACCUCUGCAUUAAAUAUAAUUCUCGGAUUACAUUUUAAUUUUGAUGAUACUUAUUAUGUAUACAAAGAGCGAGAGACGUAUUUUAAUAAGAUUCAACCCGAGGAAAUCACUGAGGAAUAUCUUAUGAUCACGCGGCAAAACAAUGCUACUGAGACCAACGCUAAGAAUUUCGUACAGGAGCGCUAAACCUUUUUUGAUCUCAAUUUACCUUAGAUAAUACGUCGAACAAGCACAACUUAAUUUAAGAUUGUUAAGUAUUGAACUAAAUUAUAAUAAAUAGCGGAAUAA